UUUGGCGUUUGUUCUUAGCAAUGCAACUACGAUAAUGUCAGGAGCAGCAGAUAACGACAGUCCAUAGCUUUACGUUUGGUUUUCGAAAUCGUUUGAUUGUUUAGUCACAUAAUAAUGUCAGAACACAUACGGCGUUCUGAUUAUUUUGAAUAGCGGAGCUAUUUAGUUCAGCCAACAGAGGAAAGGAGAGUAUGCAAUGCGCAUGCUUCAGCAACGAAAUUUGUUGACGAUUCCAGGGUGUCAGUGCACAAUAAAUAUUUUUGUCUUUUCGUGGCUGAUAAUUGAAGUGUAGAAGUUGCUAAGACACGUUUUGGAAGCGAUUCGAUGUGAUAAGUAUUGUCUGUGUCACUUUGAUGAUCCAUUUUGUUACGCGUGGGAAAAUCUGUGCAGAUAGCUAUGCCAAAUAAUCUGAUUAGUGACGCAGGUCUUAAAGUUUUAAGCUAAGGUAUGUACGGAUGUAAAUAUGAGGGGCGUAGGAUGAUUUGAAUUUCCAAUCGCGCUCACUGUUACCAGUUCCCCAUUAACUUUCUGAAUUAUGAGCAAUGAAACUUUAUGGCGAAAUAUGAGAACAUGUCGAGACAGAUAUGUGCAGGCGAAAUAAACACAGGGCACAGUGCAUCCAAGCCAUGUUUCCUUCAGUGGGGGAUUGUAAGGCUACAAAAGCAGACUCGGAUGGAUCUUUAACCUUGCCGGCUAGUUGUGAAAUUCUGUCUAAGCUUUAUGCCAACCAUGGGGUUCGCAUCCGCAUGGUGCGCAGACGGCCCCAACGUGAGAAGAUCCCUUCUGUGCGACAACUGAUCGAGCAGCUGGCCAAGAAGCAUGACCAGCUGCUUGCUCAAGAGAUGGCAGAGAGGUUAAAAAGCUCCUCUAGUACCUCAACUGUUCCUUUAUCAAGUUCAGAACUUUUUUAUGGAAAUGAGCUGUCACACCAUGAAUUUACAGAGGAUAUCACCACUGGAGACACAGUCACAUUCGACCGAGAGCGGGACAAGCAAAAGUUGAAAGAGCUGGAUGUGGGGAACAGACAUAUGAUUAAUCGUGGUGGAAUCAACAGAAAGGCAGCAAACUUUGAUAAAGUCACAUAUGAUUAUGAACGAGAAGAGCAGCAUCCUGUUGGAAACUCUGUAUCAUCAUUGAAACAAUUUCCUCUGCGUACCAAUGGAUUAAAGAAUAACUCACUCAGGGGAGAGCAGUACUUUAACCACAGAAACAGUGCAGGUCGUGAAGAUGAUUUGGUAGCAAUGGGAACAUUAUGGAGUCCUGGUCAAGCUCAGACUCGCAGCUCAUACAUAAGCACCAGCUCUUGCAAAUCCAGUAAUGGUACAUGUACAUCAUCCGCAGCCACUACUACUGGCACUCUGCCCAUCCGUCGUUCUCUCAACCUUUCCACCAGUUGUUCUACCAGACAGUUACUUACUUCUAGCACCUCACAGCCGAAUGCCACUGCCUUUGCUCUAUCCAGCAUGGGAAAUGUCAAGAGUUCCAGAGAAGUUGAACCCAGGUAUGCUGACCCACUUGCAGGGGCGCCUUCGUUAUUUCAGCAGCGGCUUAUGGAGCUUGCUGCCUUAGAAGCUGAGACAGUCAGAUGGGAGAAGGCGAAAAAAGUGAAAAAGAAAUCAAAACAAGAUUCCUGAAAAGAAAAUAAUAUAUAAGCAUUGAUUUAACAUGUACAAUUUCUUCACAAGGGUUGCUUUAACAUGUACAGUUUCUUCACAAGGGUGCUUCAGCAUUUCUUCAUAUAUUCUUCAGAAGAAUCAGGAUAUUUUCCAACAUUGUGGAGGAAGCUUAUGAGCUUGUCCUUUUAAUCCCAUGUUGAUGCCAAAGAUAUUAUGUUCGAAGAUAAAGAAAAAAGUUCUUAACUGCAGUCUACUUGACUUUAUUUUCUAGAAUUAACUUUGAUAGAUUAAAUUCUUUUUAUGACAUUCUUUUAUUCCUCAAAAGCUUUCUUAAAAAAGGAGUUAGUGCAUAUAUAAAAUUACAGUCUGCUUCAUAGCAUAGCUUAAGAACUGGUCCUAUAAUUCUUGUGCUGCACCAGCAAAAUCAACCUGACUGCCUCCUAUAGUGCUUUGCCUUUAAUUUCAUUAUUAUUCAGAAGAAUUAUUUCAUGUGUAACUGUUUUCAUUCUGAGGAAGGACAUAUAUAUCUCUACGACAGCAGAGUUAAGAGUUCACAGUGUAUCUGGCAUGUAUUGGCAAGAAGGUAAUCAUCACUGAAACUAUUCAUAAUAAAUUUAUACUGAUAUUUCCAGAUGGAGUUUUGUGCAUGUAUGCCUUCUACAUGGUUUUUUUUUUUUUUUUUAGCAAAGCUGUAUGCCUGAUGUUAAACAUAGUGCUUAUACGUGAUUUUUUCAACAAUUUUAACAUCUAUCUCAUUGACAGUAAUUUUAUUUAUGGAGAUUUGUUCAAGUUUUUGAAUCUUACAGUCUCAAUUACUUCCCUUGGUUUUGACAUAAAGUUUGAGUUACAAGGGGCAAAAAUAUUAAAUAAAUAUAAAUAAUAAAACUAGCACAAGUUCCUCGCAUAGGAUUUUCUUCCUCUUCUGAUAAGCUAGACUUGUCAUUGUCUAUUGUUUCCUUUGUUGCUAUUGUUUAUUGUUUCAUUUUUUUUGUAUUGGACUGCAUGAUUUUAAUGACAAACUGUUUCAAAGCAGCACAGACUGAGAUGUAAGACCCAAGUUUUUUUUUCAGUCUUUCAGCAUCUUUCCAUUGCACUGUUUGUUUUAGCAGACACAUCUGAAACUUAUUUAUUUUCCCUAUGUAAAGCAGAAGAUCAACUUCCUUCUCUAAUAGGUUAUUGGUAAGAAAACAAUAAACUGAAGAUCUGCAUCUGGAUAAACCAGAUUUCCAUCUUAAUGUCUUGAGUAUCUCAUUUACCCUGUGAAAGGCUGUUGGCUAGUUCCUACACAACUUUACACUUUUGUAUCUGUUUACGGGAUUCUUGUGGCAGAUUUAAUUUCUUUUUAAACUCAUUGUCUGGCAUAUGAUCUGUGUUGGAGUAAUCUCAUUGUAAAGCAGUUAUAUGUGUUUACUAUAUUGACUGGCACAAGUAUACAUGAUUGUGCUUUUUUGUUUUAGCUAAGCAUUUCCCUUUAGAACUGCUUGCUAUUUAAUACUUUUUAGUUACUGCUCACUUUUAACAGAAUUAGCAUCUUAACAUGCCUGAGUGGAAACAAGAUGAGUGAAACAAAAAGUACUAGAAAAGAAUCUGUGAUAAAAGCGGUGGACUUGAAUGUACACCUUAAUGCUGAGUGAGCAACAAAGUACAUGCAUCUGUGCAUGAGUGAGAGAGAGAGAGAGAAAAGAAGUUUAAUUUUUUCCAGUUUAUUUAUUUUUUAUAAUGCUUCUUUUUUGUUUACUCAUGAAUAGUCUUUUAUAUGAUAUUUCUUUAAACACUUUUGUUUUCAUUGGAGUAAUCAAAUUAAAAUGUGUAAACAUUCCUCCCACUUCCACCCCUAGGAUUUGUGAAGGAACUGUGCAAAAGAGAAGCAGAGAUUUAAAAGGUUUUAUCCUUCUUUCAUGUAAAGAAAAUGUAUGAAUGUAUGAAUAAUAUAAUUCAGCAAAAGAAAAGGGUAGUGAAGGUUAUGUGAGAGAGAGUGUGUAUGUGUGUGUGUGCAUGCUUGAAUGACUAAAGUAUUAUAAAUAUUAUCGAGCAUAAAAAGAGGGAGACCUAACUCAUUUAAUUGACGAUGUAAUCUACCUUUUUUCUUGCAUUCCAGGAGAAUGUGAGAAUGAUAAAGUGAGAGAAUAAAAUUCCAGGCAGUGUGGUGUUUAAAUAAAAUAAAUUUACUGAA